AUGACAGUAGAAGAAUUGAAAGAUGAAAUCGAGGCCAUUGAUGCGAUAUAUCCUAAUUCUGUAACUCCACUUGGUCCUCAGAUCUACACAUUCAAAAUCCCCAAUCAUGAAUACUUGGCUGUUCAAUUCACAUUUCCUGAACUGUAUCCUGAAGAAAUACCACAGCUUCUACAAGUAAUAAACGAUAAUAGAAGUAGAUUUACCGAUACGGCGUACCUUGAAAGAAACAUUAUUGAGAUUCUAAAUCGAGUGUUUGUUCCUGAUCAAGUUGUUCUAUUUGAGUUUUUAACGGAAUUGCAAGAGUUUUUUGAUAAAUAUGUCGAAGAACAUCCUGAAAAGGAAGUUGUCCCCAAUCCAUCUCCUACCCUUCCUCCACCUCCUCCUCCUCCGAAAGUUAUCACUCCCGAGAAACCCAUAAAACAAGUGGAUCCGACUAAAGAUUGGGCCAAGUCAGAUCCAAUUCUUGAUCGAAACUCUACCUUUAUUGGCUACGCCCGGAAAGUUGACAGUUUAGAACAAGCACAAACUUAUCUUAACGAGUUGAUCACCGAUAAGAAAAUUUCCCGAGCUACACACAACAUAUCAAGUUGGAGAAUUAAGACGAUGGAUGGGGUGCAAUAUCAGGAUUGUGAUGAUGAUGGAGAGACUGCUGCUGGAGGACGAUUACUACAUUUAUUACAAAUGAUGGAUGCAUGGAAUGUUAUUGUUGUUGUUAGUAGAUGGUUUGGUGGGAUACAUUUAGGACCAGAUCGGUUUAAACAUAUCAAUUCUGCCGCCAGGGAUGUUUUAAUUAAGGGGAAUUUUGUGAAUGAUACUAAUAAUACAAAGAAAAAGAAGUAG